AUGCAGGCCUCCCAUGGCGCCGCAGCCGCCCCGGCGUGCUCGUCGUUGCCGACGAUGCGCAAGGUGGCGCGGUCUCACGCGUGGGACUGGGUCGCGCUGCUCCUCCUGGUCGCCGUCGACGUGCUGCUCAACGUCAUCGAGCCGUUCCACCGGUUCGUCGGCGCCGGCAUGAUGACGGACCUCAGAUACCCCAUGAAAAGCAACACCGUCCCCGUCUGGGCCGUGCCGAUCGUCGCUGUCAUUGGGCCCAUGAUCAUCUUUGUCAUCAUCUACAUCAGGAGGAGGAACGUGUACGAUCUGCACCAUGCGAUUCUAGGCAUCCUAUUCGCUGUGCUGAUAACGGGCGUCCUGACCGACGCGAUCAAGGACGCCGUCGGCCGGCCGCGCCCCAACUUCUUCUGGCGUUGCUUCCCUGAUGGAAAAGCGGUGUACAACAACAUUACAACGGGAGUCAUAUGCCAUGGUGAUCCUAGCGUCAUCAAGGAAGGCCACAAGAGCUUCCCCAGCGGCCACACCUCAUGGUCAUUUGCCGGGCUGGGUUUCCUGUCGUGGUACCUGGCCGGGAAGAUCACGGCGUUCGAUCGGAGGGGGCACGUCGCCAAGCUCUGCGUGGUCCUCCUGCCUCUGCUCGUCGCGGCGUUGAUCGCCAUCUCGCGGGUGGACGACUACUGGCACCACUGGCAAGACGUCUGCACCGGCGGCGUCCUCGGAUUGGUGGUUGCUUCAGUCUGCUACCUGCAGUUCUUCCCAGCUCCGUCAGAUGAGAAAGGUAUACCUCGUUUAUUUCCCUUGCCUGAAUACAAUGCAGUCCCUUCACAUUUCACAAUAUCCUGGCUGAGCGCUGCAUCAAGGAUAUACUAG